CAUUUCGCAUCUGGUGAUCAGAAACGCUGUUCUUCAUGCGAAAUACCUAUCUAUUAUGGAGAAAUGAACAGAAUACACUGCUUAUGUUUAUCUUCGGCGUGUAACGGCUUUAUAUCACCCUUGAAAAGAUCCGAUGCCUACUCCACCCAACGAUGACGCUCGGCCCAGUCGUAUUCGCACACAACCGCAAAAACGCAUUUCGAAGGCCUGCUUGAGAUGCCGUCAACGAAAGUCCAAAUGUAACCUAGACGGACAUGGACCUGCCGGAGCACUUCCUUGCCAGCGAUGCGUACGGGAUGGAGUCGAAUGCAUACUCGGAAGCUCGAAUCGAGGCGGACGCCGAAUACGAAGAUCAAAAGCCAUCCCAGAAGCCACUUCCCCAGCCCAAAGUAACGCACACGAAACCUCUCCUCAUGCCCCGAACUCGGAAAUAUACGAACAGAGCUACUUGGGGCAGACUCCGUCGACUUCGGGUUAUAAUAACCCGCAGCAGCAGCAGCAACGACAACAACAACAUGGGAUAAAUGAAAGCCUACAUUCGCCGAGCUCCAAUAUGGCAGCCGCGAUAGAAGAUACAUUUGCAUCUACAAACCUUCAUAACACCUCCGAGGCCCUCAACUUCUUGAGCCAAGCUGCAGAGAAUGCGGCAGCAGCACAAAUGUCCGAGGAUUCUGCUGCUCAGAACCACCAACGAGUACCAUAUCAAGACUACACUUUUCAAUCUGACGGUGGCGGCAAUAUUGGACAUGAAUUGCCCAGAACUCAGCACACAGCAAGCAUGAACCUCAUUCCUUAUCACUUAGUUACCAUGCAGUUACUUAGCCAAGAUCAAAUUAUUGACUUGGUUGGCAGAUUUGCGACUUUGUAUCAUCCAUAUCUCCCGAUUACUCCCAAAAGAUCGCUCAACACUGCUUUUCUAGCAGAUACGGCGCAACAUGAACCGCAUCUGUUGACGGCAAUGAUCACUAUCGCUGCAAAGGAUCUACCAGGUGACACGAAGAUCUUUGAGAUUUGCUCGAAGUAUAUGAACCAGCUUGUAGCCGAACUUUCCGUGGGGAAAAAAUGCGACGUCGAAGCAGUCGAAGCAUUAUUGUUGCUAGCUGAGUGGGAGCCUCAAAGCGCCCUGUCUGAUGUCAAGGAAGUUGGCUGUGGAGAAGAGGACUUGGCGGCUUGGAUGCAUGUUGGCUUAGCCCUUCGAAUAGGUUACUAUUUGAGGUUGGAUAGGACAUCUUUUAAGAAUGACGACGAAGAGCGAAUGGUUCAUUAUAAUCGUCGUAGGUUGGCUUGGGCUGCAUGCUACAUUUCAGACCGACAAAUUUCAGUACGAAUUGGACGAGCAUUUUGGUCUCGAGGGCCUGGCCCUGUUUCUGGCCCAGGUAGACAUCCAACUCUGCAGCCUGAAUCGGCAACAGAUGAAGAUCAUGCUAGUAUUUUCCAAGCUAUGCUUGAGCUAAUCCAACUUUUCGGAAACGUCCACGACGUAUUGUAUUCAGGUAUGGGCAGCAGCGUGAAGAUGAUGCUAGUGGGUAAUUACGUGAAGUACAUUGAUGACUUCAGAGCUGCAAUCAACAGCUGGAAAAGUGUUUGGGGAACAUUAACUUGCUCUCCGAACCUAAAGAUAACACUGCAAAUGACCUACGAGUAUCUCCGCUUAUACAACAGUGCCUACGCAUUUCAAGCAACAGCAUUUCGCACGAUAUCUUCCAAAAAAAAGGACAGUUUAGGCCUUGAAGAGAGCGCUCUAGGUCUUGUCGGCGCUCUACCAGACGCAAGGUUUAUAUACGAAUCUGUCGACGCCGCCAAAUGCUUGCUUACAGUCGUAAACAACUUCAGCCAUCCUGAUACUAGCCUUCGCCAUUUUCCCAUGAGAUUUUCAUUGUAUUGUGUAAACGCGGCAGUUUUCCUGUACAAAGCUUGGUCUCUUGGUGUUUUAGGAUCCCAGGAGAAGGUAGGCGUUCGACGGAUGAUUAAAGAUUCCAUUUCACGACUACGGGCUGGAAGUGCACGGCCAGGCGAAUUUGGGUUACGAUACGCUCAACUGCUGGAACUAUUAUGGCUUCAAACAGAUGAAGAAGUGGCCCAACGGGAUGGAACAACCAUUUCUGUCACAGAUCCUCAUCCAGCAUUAAUGGUGCAACGACCGCCCAUUAACGCACCAGACGAAUUCUCAUGGCUUGAUCUACAAGCAGUAGGCGAGUUUUUGACCAGAGAGCCAGAUCCAAUAGAUUUGAACUUUAGCAACAAUAACGCACAGCAGUUUACCCAACCAUCAAGGCGCGGAAGCUUAUCUUGGAACGAUCUUGGUUGGCUAGAUGAUGAUUUGAAUCGAUUCUUUUAAACACGGAGAAUCUAUCCUCGAGCUUUCGCUCAAGUGGAAAGAAAGAAAGGACUAUAUUGUCCUAUCGCUAGGCCCUCAAUCAUGAUGCAUGAAACCUAAAGGGCGUUGUCCUCGUCGACGGGAUCGAAUGCUGUGGCAACAUGCUGCAAUUGUUGCCAUUUGCAAUCUGGAAAUAUCUCAUAGUAACUUGUAAUUAUUAAAGAUGGGAGUCUUCGAGGAAUAAAGUGCGGGCUCCGGAGGUGGGGAUGGCAGUUAUGGAGGCGAAGGUUGCCUGGAAGAGAAUCGAUGAUCAAUUAU